AACACUAAACCAAGAUGGCGGCGGCCAUGAAAACUUAUGCUAGUCGUUGUUUUGUAAAUUUCGUAGGAUUAAGGAAUAUCUUGAGUUUAAAUAUAAUCGGAAAGUCACAAAUUCCGAGUUUUUUUAUUGUGUCUGCCUGUCGAACUCAAUUGACACCAACAUUCUGUCUGUCAUGUAAAGCACUUAGCACCUCAUCUUCUGUGCUCGCUAGGCAGAGAUUUAGAGAGGAAUACCAUGUUACCGUUCCUGAACUGGAGGAGAAUCCUAUGGAAGUUAAUGAUGUAGAGCAAACCAAAGACGUGCUACAGAAAGUUACAGAGGAGGCGUGUGCAAUUCCUGGACAGCUCUUUGCUGUUGUUCAUCUCACUGGCCGCCAGCUGAAAGUCACAACGAAUGACCUGGUAGUCGCCCGGGGCAACUUUCCACCAGACAUUGGUGAACGGAUUUGCUUGGAAAAGGUCACUGGCGAGACGGCGCGGCCGCCUGAGAGUGAACGGCUGCCGGCCAUCAAUCUCAGCGUCCUUUGA